AUCAUGCUGCAAGGGGCGAUCUUCGCGUUCUGUCUCCGUUGUAGUCGUCGGCUACGUAAGAGGCGGGUCUCCUUGUUUCUUCAUUCCCCAGAAUGGCGACAGACCCGGACACUGCAGGGCUGUAGAGAUAAACUAGAUCUAGAUCUAGUGGGUGACAUUACCUGCUUGCAGCGAUUGCCCCUGCAAAACAAGGGUUUUGUGAUUCUUAUGGGCUUGGAUUAUUGUCUCUAACGGCGUUUCAUUGGGAUUACGAUCAAACGUUCUUACGCACUUGCUCAAUUCAUGGAUUAAUGUUACUGUGAUAUAGUGUGCUGAAGUGGAUUACAUUUGUUCUUUGCUGAACCAUACAUUGAGGAGAUUAAAAUUACAGGCAGCCUUGGCUCUGACUCAAAAGAUAUACAAGCAGGGAUAGAGUCUUUAUGUGAAGUCAUGGCACAGCCUGGCGGAUAGAGAUUUCUUUUUUUUUUUUUUCUAAUUUUUAGGGUUGCAAAGCUGGUUGUCAUUUUGGAAAUCUGGACUGGUUAAUGAUCAAAAGAUUGGUGUCAGAGAUGUAAGGAUGUCAUAAACACAUUGUCUUGGAGCUUCAUUCAUCCUUGUGUUUUAGAUCUGAUAAAUUGUUGCAGAGUUUACUCAAGCGAUUGUUGAUUGUCAGAAUUGGCCAGAUAAGUCCUGCAGGACAUAGUAUAGGGAUUACAUGGAGGUCUGCUGUCCUAAAGGACCUCCUACUGCCCUGUGUUCUGCAUCAGUUUCAUUGACAGUAUCAUGGCUCAGUCUAGCACAGUAGAUACAAGGUUAGAAGUUCUGGCUGCUAGCCGUGCCCGCAGCGGCCUUACAAGGAUGGAGGAUGUGGAGAAUGUGGCGCCUCCAGAUGGGAAGAACUCCUCUCAGUUUCUCUCCAUUCAGAAGAGGUUUCAGGAAAAGGAUGCUGGGCAGGUUUCCAAACCUGCACCUAAUCAGCUCUUUAGUUCCAGUGUUAGUAAAAUAAAAGAAAGGUUUCAGCAGACGUCGGAUGGUUUGGGGGAGGUUCAUCAUGUCACCCACGUCCACACUCCAUUUCAGCCCCCGCAGGUCCGGAACUACGACAGUGGAGAUAGGUCCCCCGAUGCCAAGAAGCAGAGAGCAAACGACACACAUAUACAGGGCUUAGCGCCAGCACUAGACCCGAAGAGGAGGGCAUCCUCAUUGGAGAACACUUUGGCGGCUUCGUCCAUGCCACAUCAUCAUCACCCAAACUUUACACCGCCACUGUCUCCACCCCAGAGACAAGCGUCGGUCCCACAAACAUCAGCGUCCCAUUUCGGUGUCUCUCUUGAAACCAAGCGAAAAAAAUCUGACCCUCGCACCUCGGCUUCUGAUAAUGCAGUCUCCCAUUCCGAGCCAUCCCUUGUCGAGGCAACCAGUCAUGUUCAGAGAUUCAACUAUACUAGAGCUCUUUUUGCAAGGAUGGAGGAGGAGACCAUCCGUGCCCAAGAGCGAGAAAAGAUUAUGAGAAGGAAGGCUUCGCCGUCGAGAUUUAUGUCUGGCACGCCGUCUCCGCUGUUGUCUCCUACAGCUGUCUCCCCAGUUCAGGAAAGCAAAAGGUUUCCCUCUUUCAAAGAUCAACAGCAGGCUUCCCGAAGGUCAAAGUCUUUGCCUGAUGUUACCACCAUGUCCCACGAACCUGUUGGAACCACUGCGUCUGAGUCUUUCAAACACUUUCAAGAGCUAGAAAAAGCUGACAGGCCAAAGGCUGACCACAAGACUGUUCAAAGCCGAACUCAGUUUGCCUCGUCGGUAUCACAUUCAUUAGCUCAACAGCAACAUAACGGCGAGGAUGGUUCAUUUACUAAAGACGAGGUAUUGCGAACAAACAGGAAGAGUAGACGAGAAGACAGUGGUGACCGCUCGGGCAAAUACUUUAACAAUGUUGAUGCAUUUAAAGCCUUGGCUGAUGUCUUGGAUGACAAGACUGGGCCCUUUGUCGAAGAUGACCAUUCUCAGCAGAAAAAGAAUGUUUCUGACAGUGAUGCCAGCACGUCCGAGUCUGCAUCACCGCCGACAACUCUUCCACACAGUUCCAGGUUAGAGCAUUCCAGCAGGCCGGCUAACCGAAACCGAGCUCAAGCGUCAGGGCUUUCAUCCUCCGCACAUUCCAAAACCUCUGCGUCCAGCAGAGACAGUGAUAGUGAACUCAAUAUUUCCCCCACCGUGACCUCUCCAAAGGUCACAUCCCCGACCUCGUCAUCGACUGGUGUGAUAAGAAGGCAGCGGAGGAAACCUUCCAUCGAGCAGGCAGAAGAGAUGGAAAAAAAGAGACUAAGCAAAGAAGAAAUCGAAGCAGCCAUCGAGAAGGCUGACAGUUAUUUAGCUAACCUGGACUCUGGGGUCAAACCCGAAACAGUGAAGGUAGAGAGAGCCUCACGGAGGAGUCAGAGCCAUCAAGAAGCUGCUGCAGCAAGACGAAAAUUUUUGUAUGGGGACGACGCUGCGGAGUCUCCUUUGCCACCUGGGAAUGAAGCAGACGUGAAAAAGGAAGAUGCUGAGCCUGAAGAGCCCAGCCGUCAGUUAGACACAACGCAGGAAUCAUCGACAGAAUCAAAACAAGACGAUUUAUUUCUGGAUAUAUCAUCUUCAUCUGGACUACCCUCUCCACUCCCUGACCUUUCUGCCUCUCAGUAUGUCCAGCUUAGGUCGUUGGCCUCCUCAUCCACCGUCAGCCUGUCGGAUGUGACCCCUGACACCCCUCCACCGUCGUACCACGAGGCCACCUCCAUGCGCUCUUCUCAGAAAGCCCUUCUGGCGCAGCAGCCUCCGGGCGGCACUGAUUCACUGGGUAGGCCAGUGCCCAUUCCACGGAGGGUGGCUCCGCCGCCUCCUCUGCCGGCCAAGCCUCCGACGGCUGCGAGGCAGGUGAGCAAUAAUGAUUCUGCCGUGCCCCCUCCAGCACCAGAGCCUGGAUCAGUGGAAUACUUGCGUGAUUUGGAUACUGUUGUGGGAAGUAGGAAUGCAAUCCUUCUGGAUUCGGAUAUUGUGGAUGAUUUAAUACUUCCAGAAGAGCAUAUAGCUCGGCAUGAGGAAAAUCUAGAGAAUGGUAAUGUUGUGGACCUAAGUACAAACUUUGGCAAGAAGGAUUUGUUGACACCUAGAGAGUCAGGAGAUGGUCUAGAGGAGACAGCGGAACUCUUAUCUGACAGUGAACCGUUGGAGAUAGACUACAGUGGCCUGACCUAUAUAGAAAUCCCACCAAUUGAAAGUGAGUCUGAGGAGGAGAGCAGCGGAGACGAAGUAGAAUAUCACAAAGCUUCCCGCGUAGCGUUCAGCAAACAUCCAAUCAAGGUUUAUGCCACAUACUCCACCAAUGAUUACGACAGGAGGAAUGAAGAUGUUGAUCCCGUGGCUGCGUCUGCCGAGUACGAGCUGGAGAAGAGAGUUGAAAAGAUGGACGUCUUCCCCGUAGAGUUGAUGAAAGGUAGCGAAGGUCUUGGCUUGAGCAUUAUUGGCAUGGGAGUUGGUGCUGAUGCUGGACUAGAGAAACUUGGAAUAUUCAUCAAAACCUUGACCCCUAAUGGUGCUGCCCAGCGGUCAGAGAAGAUUCAAGUUAAUGAUCAGAUCAUAGAAGUAGAUGGCAAGAGCUUAGUUGGUGUGACCCAGGCCUAUGCAGCUUCAGUCUUGAGGAAUACAAGCGGUGAAGUCAAGUUUUUAAUUGGCCGUGAGAAGGACCCCAGCAAGAGUGAAGUGGCCAGACUUAUUCAGCAGUCACUCCUUCAGGACAAGAGAAGAGAGGAGAUGAGAGAGAGGGAACAGCAGAGGAUGAGACAGCUGGAGGACAGCUUUCAGCCCAAGGAUGAAGUGUUGGAGCACCAUGCUCAUCAACACCAACUGCAGCGCCAGACAUCAGACACUGCUGGGGAGGAGUCUGGUUCUGAGGCUGGACUUGAUGAUAAGGCUAUUGAGGACCUGCAGGACAAUGAUCUCCUAGCUGACCACAGCAGUGACCACGAGGACUCCCUGGCCGAAAGGGAACAUCUUGAGCAGGAGAAUGCAGCAGGAGAUACCACCCCACAAUCGGCUCCUUCCAACGGGGAGGAUGGCUUGGACAUUUCUCCAGAGCCCUCGGAGGUUCCGGGCGACCUUCUGGUGAAUGAUGCGGAGAAGCAGCUGAGCAGUUCCAGCACCUCUCCUGACAUGGAGUCUGAGAAGUUGUAUGUCAAGUUAAAAGAGGGUCAAUAUAGGCUAGCAGUAGCAGAGUCAGAAUUGGCCAAACUCAGAGCAAAGGUUCUGGUUCUGGAAGGAGCCGAGUCCCAGAAAAAAAUCUUAGAGAAAAAAGUGGAAGAGCUGACCAGGAAGUCUCAGGAGAGAGAUAAACAUUUUGAUAUGCUUAAGAAAGAGUUGUCACAGUAUAAGGACAUGAUGGUGGCCUCGCAGAGCCAGCACAUAGAACUAGAGAAGAAAGUCAAAGAACUGGGGGCUCUGGAGAAAAAAUAUCACAAGGCCAAGAAACUCAUCAAAGACUAUCAACAGAGGGAGAAAGAUUUUAUCCAGGAAAGAGAAUCUCUAUUUGAACAACAAAAUGAAAAAGAUCAACAGUAUAAUUCAUUGGUCAAGUCUUUGAAAGACAGGAUUUUCACCCUAGAAAGAGAUCUGACAGUUGCCCAAAAGGCUGCUGGUCUACCAUUGCAAGCUCCUGGCAUAGAUGAAGUGGACAUACCUGUAUAUCAAAGUAAACCUGCUCAGCUAGUGAUGGCCACAAUGAAUGGUCUAGAAGAACCUUUAUCUCCACUGAACCAAUCAGCUGAAGAUGUGUUAGAGAUCUCCACUUCUUCUGAAAUCUCCGACCUAGCUGGCUCCCCAGAUGAAGCAGAUUUGUCCUUUGAGAAGAUCCAGUCACUUUCAUCAUCACCAUUAGGUGCCAGCAUGGCCACAUCCAAGACAGCAUUGGAAUCACAAUCAGAGUUUGAUUCCUUAGUGAAUAGCUCUCCCUUAUUGGACUCGUCGGCUACAAGAGAUAGAGCUAAUUUAGGAAAUUUAGCCCAUCGCAGGCCACCAAGUAAAAAAGGAAAGUCUCAAGACUCGGCCGAUGAGCAAGAUUCCAGCAGCACCAGAAGUGAGCUGACAGAGAAUGGCAGCAUUCACUCCAGCACCACAGACCACGCAGAGAGUGGCCUUGACAUGUGGAAUAAACAUGACAGUGAUAGCACAGUCAGGAAAAGUGAGUUCAAGAAACGCAAACAGCAGGCCGAAGUUAAGCCCUCCCCCACGGCCCCUGUCAGCCCCGGUCCUCUGCUAGGGGCCAAUGUUUUACGGCCCCCCGUGGCUCCAAAACCUAAAAAAACUGACACCCUAGGUCCCCCAGAGCUGACUAGGGAUGACAGUCCUUCAGACACAUCGUCCUCUGUCUCACUGACAUCCUACGACCCCAACCGACCCAACGAAGGGACCUCAGAGCUGCCAGACUCCAUAGCCGACGACCUCUCCAGUAACAGCGAUGGGGGAGUCACUCUGGUGUCUGCCAAGGCCUCACCCUCUGCUAAAGGCUUCAGUUUUCCAAAAUUCAGUUGGAGGUCAGCCUCGAAGGGGCGAGACAAUGACGGCGGCGGUGGAGUGGUCUUGCUGGCCAACCGCUCGCUGGGGUCACAGCACUCUGCCUCUGAUCCUGGCCUCAACACUGCGGGCAUAACACUUGUCUCAAAAAAACGCUUAGACACUGACUAUUUGGACUUUGAUGCUGCCAGCAUCAACAGUGAUGUCACUUCCUCCAUGAUGGUGACGGAGCCCGAGAUUGACAGGUCUGGACGGUUUGUUCUAAACAUCUCAGGGACACCAUCUGCUGAAGAAAAUGUUGCCCUGAAUAAAAAGGGACAGAACCAGAUUCAUUCUGGACCCAUUAAUGAGUGGAGUGUGGAGCACGUCUGCCACUGGCUUGCGGCUAAUGACUUUGAGAAGUACUCUGCAGCCUUCAGAGAGAAGAACUUGACAGGAAGUCAGCUGCUGUUACUGGAUAGCUCCAAGAUGAAGGCCCUGGGUAUAUCCACUAGUAAAGACAGGGACACACUAAAGAAGAAAAUCAAAGAGGUCAAGGUCAAUGCAGAGAGAGAGAAGAAACUGCAAGAGAAGGAGAGAAAGUUGAAAGAGAAGGAACAGAAGAGAAUGUCCAAGAAGAAAUGAGGGGAUGCUACUUUAGGUCUUCUUGUGUCAGAUAUUGUAUAUAGAUGUGUGCUUGUGUCUGGGAGAAGUCUUGCCAACUUUGAAAGAAGUAACUUUUAAAAUAUUAUGUCUAGUUCAAAUAUUUCUGUUUGAUUGAAAAAAAAAAAUGUUGAAAUACUAUUUAUACAACUAUUUGGCAUUACAACUUAGACAAAGGGGGAGACUUCCAUUUAUUUAAAAACAUUGUUUUAUCUGUUAACUGUUCAUUUAUUUAAAUAUUUGUUUGUUUAGGUCUAUGGUUUUUUAAGAACUGUUUUAAUUGCCAAAUAGUUGUGAAAAUGACCUGCUCACCUAGCUAGCAUCUGUUACAUGACAUGUUUGUUUUUUUAAGUCCGCGCCAAGACUCUCACUUCAAGUGACGGUGGUUUUACAUGUAUACUUUUUUUUAAAAUGCUUUUUUAAAUGGCAAAUUGACGUUAAACUACUCAAAUAACUUAUUAGCUACUUUUCUGACGAUGGAUCAGUGAACAUGUUCCAAGUGGGAUAAAUUUUAGAAUGUAAUUGUAGACUUUAUUUAUUAUCAGUUUUCUAACGGGUCAUGCAAGGCAAGGGAGCUUAUUCAGAAAUGUAGACACCAAAGAAAGAAAAAUGCUCUUGAGUUAGUCGCCCCUCUUUAAUUAUUCCAAUGUUAACUACUUGGUUUUAUUUAUUAUUUUGUAUUCUUUUUAACUUGUGUGACUCCUUAAAUGGAGAGUACGUGCACUAGAAGAAAUAACAUAUCUUAGAAUCCCUUGUUUUGAAAGCUCUGCAUUUAAUGCCAAUUUUUAGUUUUGAACUCGUGUAUGUAGUUUACCUCGCCUGAAGUAUUGACUGUUACUAAAAGUGAGAAUAUUAUUUUACUAACUUGGUAAUGGACCAAUCACAUGUUUUGUAUUUUUGCAUAUUCCACUAUGUAAGUUAAUUACUUUACUUUUAAUUACUUUUUGUGGGGAUGCAUUUGGAUAGUAGACUGAACUUUGACUUGCUCUCUAAACAUGUGACCCAGACUCAAGUGGCUCAACUGUUGGUUGUUUUAGCAGCUAAUCUUUAAAGUGUUGCACAUUUUGAAACAUUUGCUCAUGUAAAACAUUUGUAACAAAAACAAAAAAAAACACAUUUCUUUUGAAACCAAUGUUAAAGGCAUUGACGAUACAGCAGCUCAUGUGUAAUGGAUGUCUUUGGAUGCAUGCGCUGGUUGCGGCGGCAAAGCCUUGACACAACCUUGUUUGCUUUGUUGUUGGUGUGGUGUAGUGAUGUAAAUAGUUAGAAAAUGACUCCAGGCUGGAGGUGAGAGAGGAAAUAAAUGAGGAAGUCUGUUUGGCUGAGGAGUUUAUUUUUUGAAUCAAAUUUGUAAGAAAUGAACAAAAUUUGUUUCUAGAGCUGAUGUUCCCCUGCAACUCUAGUAUUGAAUGUUUCCCAUCAUGCAACAAUGAUUGCUACUUAACCUUGACCUCAAUGAUCUAUAAAUAGACUUGUAUAAACCAGGUCAGGUAGCUAUUGGACAUAUUUAUGCUGAUGCCAAAAGAAGUUUCAAUAACUUUUUUGUUUUUGUUUGUUUCAAAUAGCUUUAAACAAUAUGAGAUCUGGCACUUUGGUCAGAAGAAAAUUGUUUUGUUGUGUGUUUGUCCCAUACUAAAUUUUAAUUUUUCAUGUAAUGAUGAACAAAGAAAUUAAAUGAAACAAAUCAUUUCAUGUCUGUGAAUUAGAGCAGUAGCAAACAUGUCAACAUUUUGUUUUGUCAAAACUGUCAUGGGGAGAUACAAUUUGAAGACAGUCUGUAGAAUGAGAAAAAUGUGAUUCUAUAAUAUACUUAGUUGUACUAUAGACCUAGUGUUUUGUUAUAAUGUUUUCUAUAUUAGAGACUUUUUAGUAUGUUUUGUAAUGAUGUCGUGUCUGUUCUAUUAUUAGAUCAAAGAAUGUUUUUUUGUCAUCAUGAAAAUAUUCCAUUCAUAAUAUAAUGAGAUAUCUGCUGGUGUGAAUGUUUAUGCUGUGUUCAUGUGGUACUGUAUAUACAUAUAUAAAUAAAGCUAGCUAGAAAUGUUUAUUAUAGAAGUUUAUUUUAGGAGUAUAUAAAAAUGGCUACUUGAGUUUAUAGAAUUAUUUCUUGCUUGUAUUAACAAUGAAAUAAGACUCCCAGUAACAAUGAUCAUGUUGAUUGGCUCAACUACAAGUUGCUUCAGUAGCCUUAUUAUAGUGAUUUAAGAGAACACAAAAUACAUGUUUCAAGUUGGAAGAGUUCUACAAGAAAGGGAGACUAUUCUAUGUGUACAGUCCCUCUGAAAAGUAGAAUUUUACUUAGGUAGUUUAGUGAUUUCAAAUAAAAUGAUAGUGAUUCCUAUGGUUAUGCUGAUGAAGCGUCUAGUUUUUAUUUUUAUUUUAUGGGAGUAGACUUUUUAAAGUAUUUUAAUUGAAAAUGUUUAACUACUAAACAGGUCUUUGUAUUAUGUCUUUGUACAUUAUAUACUGUUGGUAUAUGUCUGUGUUUAGCCCAUGUUUGAUGCUUUAGUCAAGAACUAGAGAAAGUAGCAGCAUUGUGGUGUAUAGUUCAUCCCAUCCUUGGAUCAAGUUUCCUAAUGUCAGCUCUUGUUUGUGUGUAUGUACUGAAUGUUACUCUUACCGAUGUUUGCAUGAACUGAUUGCCUUGCCUGAGAUCUUCCAAAGGAACAUGUUUGAUUUGAACCUCGUCUGGACUAGUGGGCAGUAUUAACCUCUUCCUUAGCUGGAAAUGAGCUUUGGAUGUCUGUUAGUUCAGAGAAGAGAUAACUUUAAAAUACAAAAGCAAACUUGUGCAUAUCAUUCCGAAUGAGUAUUCUUAGUUUAUUGAUUUUUACAAAAAAUAAUCUUUUCGUUAAAACUAAGAUGCUUUUAGUUUCGGUUUACAUUUUAGUUACCAAUGUGUUUAAAUAGGUUAAUUUAUUCUUGGAGUAUUGGUGUCAAUGAAAUAUGUUCUCUACUUGAUUUAUUAAAUAACACCCCAAUCUGGCAAUCUGUUGAAUUGGUCAGAUUUCUCUUUGCCAGAUAUUUUUUAUGAGUGUGUCAAAGUUUUUUUGUUUGUUUUUUUUUGUUUUACUAAAAUUGGCUGCUAUCACUUGUUAAUACAUAAAAUCUUAUGUUUAUAAAUACAAAAAAAAAAGGCACUAUUUUCUGUGUAAUAUUUAUCUCUGGAUGGAAUGAUAUGUUGAUUUGAUAUGAUCUAAUGUUAGUGUUAUGUUUUUUUUAAAUCUAGGAAACCAUAAUGUAUGUUAAUACUAUUUUUUUUUCCUUCUCAAGUGUACAGAAAAUAAUUUUGUAUUUUAUUUCAUUUAGUGUCUGUGUGUGUAAGUCUGAUCCUUUAUUAUUUAUUUAGCCUGUACUCUUGCAGUCAUUACAGAAGUUACUUAUAUUAAAUAAUAUACUCAUAUAUUAAGAAUGUAUAAAUAACUACAAAAUAUAUUUAUCUACAAUAAGUAAUUCUGAUUGGUUGGAAUGUCAGGGGCAAGCACUAGCCCAGCAUCUAAAUCUCCAAUUUUUCAAGAUAAACAACAAAUUAAAAUUUAAUUUUAUAAAAAAAAAAAAUCAAUUUUAAAAUGUAUUUUUAAGUAUGUAAGUAAAUUGUGUCUAUAAAUGAUGUUUAAUUAAUAUAUUUUUAACCUUGAGCCAAACUAGUAAAAAAAAAAAGGAAAUUAUUUUUUAAAAUACAUUGAAUGAUAUUUUACUUUUUUUAAAGAGCUGUUUCUAUGAUUACAUACUGACACCACUGAUUAAUUUUUUUAAUAGAUAUAGGUCUAGGUUUAUAAAUUGAAAGAUAAGUUUUUACAACUAGUUCUAGGUUUUUGCAACUAGGUCUAGGUUUAUAAACUGGUACUUGUCUCCUGUGCACAUACCACUGUAUGUCUGUGUUGAAAGUCUGCUCCUGAAUUCAAAGAAUGUAUUCUAUUGAGUUAUUUAUACACACAAGUUUUAAUAAAAUAAACUAUUUAAUGAUCAA